CCAAAAUAGCAGAGGAAAUUGCUAAAAUAAAAUCAGAGGAAACUGAUGCUGGGCCCAGCACGUAUUAGGCAGAGGAAGAGCCCGGGCCUGUUUUGCCAUUCACAGAAGAAGGAAAAAAUAAGGGGGGGAAAGGAAGGUUGGCACAGGAGCCCCGGAGAGCUGGCAUGGUGCAUGGGAGGAUGGCAGCCGCGGACAAUACGCCCUAGCAGAGACUUUGGGAUGGUCACUCACUCAGACACCAGCUCCAUGAACGCCACUAGACUACCAGGUGGACAACUGAACACGAUGCUGGAUUCUAUGGAGGUACCGAGUCAUUCGAGACAACUUCUCCUGCAGCUCAACAGCCAGAGGACUAAAGGCUUCCUGUGUGAUGUGAUCAUUGUGGUACAGAACGCCCUGUUCCGGGCACACAAGAACAUUUUAGCUGCUAGCAGCGUCUACUUGAAGUCGCUGGUUGUUCACGAUAACCUGAUCAACCUGGACCACGAGAUGGUGAGCCCCAGCAUCUUCAGGAUCAUCCUGGACUUCAUCUACACCGGAAGGCUGGGUGAUGCUGAGCCAAGCAGCGAGCAGCUCUUUGGUGCAGUAUUGGCAGCUGCCAGCUACCUCCAGAUCUCUGACCUGGUAUCCCUUUGCAAGAAGAAGCUAAAGAGAAAUGGCAAGUACUGUCAUGUAAGGACAGCAGGUUACCCGACUUUUGGGAGUCUUGGGCGCGGCUUAAGGGCCACUACACCCGUUAUUCAAUCUUGCUUUACCUCCGCUCCUAGACCUAUAGACGGUGAGCCAGUGAACCCUAUAAACACACAUUGUGGAGAGCUCUAUGCCUCGGUGUCUCAGGGGAAUCAGUUGCACCAGCAUGGACUUUGCCCACCAGAAAGGCAUUGCUCUCCAUUGUGUGGACUGGAUCUUUCCAAGAAAAGCCCCAGCCGGCCUUCUGCUCAGCACCAUUCAGAUGGACUUAGUGCAGGUGACAACAGAGAGUCCUCAGUGUCUGGAAGGCCAGAUAGUCCUCCAGUAGCUGCAAGUGUUCUCACCAACCACAGCUCCUACAAAGAACCAUCCCAUCCUUACCAGAAGCUGGACAGCAGCAGUAGCACUCCACCAGCCCAACACUCAGAGCCCUACAGAAACAGCGUCGCUAACAACCACCUUAGCAGGACUGAGAGCCGAGAUCUGAUGUUUGACUGGAUGAAGCCUGAGCCACUGGUCAACUACGUGGAUGAGAGUGACAGAGAAAAAGAUCUGGACAGAGAAGACAAAGGAGAGAGCUCCCCCUUAUCUCAGCAGCCCAGAUACCCCAGCAUUGAGAGUAAUGAGCCUGAUGAUGAUAAAAGUACCAGUGAAGAGACUGGCAGCAGUGGGGACCCCUCACCCUCUGCCAACCUGGAGAGAUACCACUGCAACCAUCUCUAUGAGCCAGAAAGUUAUGGAGACAACCUGUAUGUCUGCAUUCCUUGUGGGAAGGGGUUCCCAAGCAGUGAGCAGCUUAAUGCCCAUGUGGAAGCCCAUAACGAGGAAGAGCUGUACCAUAAAGACAGCAUGGACCCACCAGUGCCUUUCCUAGACAAGACUAGCCAGAGUUUAGGGGACAUCAUUCGACCCUACCGUUGCUCUUCUUGUGAAAAGUCCUACAAAGACCCCGCCACCCUGCGCCAGCAUGAGAAGACCCACUGGCUCACUCGCCCAUACCCGUGUAGCAUAUGUGGGAAGAAGUUCACCCAGAGGGGUACCAUGACCCGUCACAUGAGGAGCCACUUGGGUCUCAAGCCAUUUGCAUGCGAUGCUUGUGGCAUGCGUUUCACCCGCCAGUACCGGCUGACUGAGCACAUGAGGAUCCAUUCUGGGGAAAAGCCUUAUGAAUGCCAGGUGUGUGGGGGAAAGUUUGCCCAGCAGAGGAACCUCAUCAGCCACAUGAAAAUGCACACCACGGGACCAGAUGGCAAACCUAAGCUGGACUUUUCUGAUAGUGUCUAUGCCAUGGCCAAGUUCACUGCCGACCACUUGGGCCUGAAGCAAGAGAAAGCGGCUGAGAUACUCUCCCAGACCUCACACUUCCUCAAUGACCCCAAAACGAUAGAAAGCUUGUACCCCUUGGCCAAGUUCACGGCCGAGCACUUGGGACUGACCCAGGAAAAAGCAGUCGAGGUGUUAAGCCAGAGUACACAUCUGAGCGAUAGCAGGAUCAUAGAGAGGUUCUCCUCCCCAUAACAUCUUCCAUCCAUGCUGAGCCUCAUAUUUAGAGGUGCACAACCUAAACCACUUGCACGACAAAGGACAAUAAAGACAGUUAUUACCAAAAAGCCCACCCUGCACAUCCAUUGUAGAUCUGGGCUUCCACCACGAAAGAGCCAAAGAAGAACCAGUGGCAGCUUGAAGCUAUGCAUCACUGCGGGACCAGGAGGAUGAGCGCACUUUGGGAAAGCACUUUGAAAGGGACUUGUGCAAAGGCUUUGGUGCACUAUCCCACAAGAGACGUGAGUCUUACAAAAUGUAUCCUUCCGCCAUGUACUCAACCUUUCUUCUGCCAAAGGUAGUGGGGAGAGUUGCUGCUUAUUGUCCCAUGAAUGGUGGACAUUUUUAUGCCUAUAUUAAUAUUGUUGUAUUUUUUUUUUCUUAUGUUGUGAGGACAAUCGGAUGCAGAAAUCAGUAUUUUCCCACCAUUGCAAAACUAAAGCCCUGAAAUUAUGUGAACCAGAUAAACUAAUGACCUAGUCUCAAAGGA